CCUGAGUUCAGAUUCAGUAUCUGACAUCUCGCUGUGGUCCUGAAGUCAGUUAACUUACUGAUGGGGAUAAUAAUACACCUGCCGUAGUGUUGUGGUAAAGCUCAAGCUGCCUUAUCAGAUGUGAAUAAAAUGCUUUUCAGCCUUCAUAGAAAUGCUACCCAAUUCGAGGCAGCGGUCAUAGAACAAUAAUAUCUGCAUUAAAAUCCUGCCUCUCACAUACAUGAACUUUCUGAGCCUCCGUUUCUUUAUUUGUAAAAUGGGGAUGAUACCACUAACCUCACAGGGGUAUCGUAAGAAUCAGAUAAUAGUUGCAAAAUGCUUUUAUUUUGCUUUUUUAAAAUUAGAUUUUUAAAAAAAAUUUACUAAGCUUUUAUUUUUUCUCCCUCUUUCCCACCUUCCCUCCCCCUCACUGAAAAAAAAAAAAAAAGAAGAAAGAAAAACAAAACCCUUCGAAAAAGUUUGCAUAGUCGAGCAAAACAAAUUUCCAUAUUGGCCACAUCCAAACCUCCAUGUCUCCUUGUGCACAUUUAGUCCAUCACUUCUCUGUUAGGAGAAACUGGAAAACAGCCUCCUGAACUCGGAGGAGGAAAAGGGCCUGGCAGUGCAGGACCCAGCCCAGGACAUAGGGCCCGCCCGCCUGCCUGCCUGCAUCCGGGAGAUUGUUACUCGGAACUUUGCUGAGCCGGAGAACCCAGAGGCUGCUCAGACCCCAGAGAUGGCGUCCCUGCUGACCCUCCAGGAAGAAAACCGCAUUCUGCAGCAGGAGCUAUCGCGCAUCGAGGACCUAUUGGCCCAGAGCCGGGCAGAGCGGGAUGAGCUGGCCAUAAAAUACAAUGCUAUCAGCGAGCGGCUGGAGCAGAGCCUUCGGCUGGAGUCCGGGGAGCGGGAGCCCUUGGGGUACGGGGUGCUGGGCCAGCAGACCUUGGAGCUGCGACGCCAGCUUGAGGAAGAACAGGCCAACUACAAGCGCAAACUCCAAGCCUACCAGGACGGGCAGCAGCGCCAGGCCCAGCUGGUGCAGAAGCUACAGGCCAAGGUUCUCCAAUACAAGAAGAAAUGUGGAGAAGUGGAGCAGCAGCUUCUGGAAAAAACUGCCGAGCUGGAGCAGCAGAAGUUAGCGCAGGAGGAAGAACACAGUCAGGACCUGGAGAAUGCUCUCAUCCGGCUGGAAGAGGAGCAGAAGAGGAGUGCCAGCCUGGUGCAGGUGAACGCCAUGCUUCGAGAACAGCUCGACCAGGCCAGCGCAGCCAACCAAGCCCUGACCGAUGACAUCCGCAAAGUGACCCACGACUGGACCCGGAGUCGGGGGGAGCUGGAGCAGCGAGAGGCCGAGUGGCGGCGGGAGGAGGAGUCUUUCAAUGCCUACUUCAGCAAUGAACACAGCCGUCUGCUCCUUCUCUGGAGGCAGGUAGUGGGCUUCAGGAGGCUGGUCAGUGAGAUGAAGACUUCCACGGAGAGGGACUUGGCCCAGCUGGGCAUCGAGCUGGCCCGGACCUCGCGGAGCAUCCACUCGGCCAGCGUGGGCCUGAGCGGGAGCCUGCGGCUGGCGGAGAGCAGCAGCGAGGCCGCCAUGGAGAAGGCAGCCCUGCUCCGGGCCCAGCUGGAGGAGCAGCUGCGCGACAAGGUGCGCGACAUGAUCCAGCUCCAAGUGAAGAGCGACCUGGAGAAAGCCGAGCUCAACUCCAGAGUGAACGAGCUGACCCUGUUGGUGGAGCAGCUUCAGAGCCAAAACUCGGAGAAGGACCGCGCCAACGAGGCCCUGACGCAGAAGGUGGAAGCGCUGGAAGCUGUGCGGCUCCAGGAGCAGGCGGCCAUCGAGGCUGAGGAGGUGGAGGCCCUGAGGAAUGAGUCCGAAGUGCUACAGCAAACCCUGCGGGACCUGGCCCAGGCCGUCCUGUCCGACACGGACAGCGGCAUCCAGAUGGGCGGCAUGGAGCGCACCCCCGAGGCCUCCGACGGCAGCCUGCGCGGGCUCUCCAGCCUGCGCACCCCCUCCCCGCUCCGGCGCUCCUCGCCGCGCCCCAGCGGCUCCCCCCGCCCCAGCCUGUCCCCGGCCUUCUCCGACUCCACCCUCGCCUUGGUCCACUCGGCCCUGCACAAGCGACAGAUGCAAGUGCAGGACAUGCGUGGGCGCUACGAGGCCAGCCAGGACCUUCUGGCCUCCCUGCGGAAGCAGCUGGCCGACGGCGAAGCCGAGCGCCGGAGCCUGGACAAGCAGGUGCUGCAGCUCCGGGACGCGGCCGACGGGGCCGUCCAGGCCAAAGAGGACGCCCUUCGAGACAUCCAGAGGCUGCGCAGUGCCCACGACCUGCUGAGCAGCGAGAAGGACGGCCUGGUGCGCAGUCUGGCGGCCAUGCAGAUGCAGGUGGAGAUGCUGCAGCAAGAGAAGGAAAAGCUGCAGCUGACCCAGGAUGAACUGCAGAGACAGAAGGACCAGCUGGAGGAGGAGAAGGAGGACAUCACGCAGGAUAGAGAGAGAUUCCACAAGGAAAUAGAGCGGGGUCAUAAACAGCUGGAGCAACUGGAGGUGAAGAAGUCAGGACUGAUGAAGGAGCUGAUCUUGGCUAAGGAGACCCUAAGCAAGGCCACUUUGGCAAAGGAAGUGAUGGAGGCCGAGAAGACCGAGGUGACGGAGGCGCUGACCAAGGUGGAAGCCAACAGAGCUGAGCUGGAGCUAUCCAUAAACAAACUGAAGGGAGAGGAAGCAUCUCUGAGGGAUUCUUUGUCCAAACUUAGUGCCCUCAACGAGGGUUUGGCUCAGGACAAACGGGAACUGAACCAAUUGGUCUCUCAGCUUGAAGAAGAACGGGGAAUCCUGCUUGGGCAGAAGCGAGACGCAGAGCAGGAGAAGGCGGCUGCCCAGGAGCAAGUGGCCCAGCUGGAACAGGAGAAGCUGGUACAGGAGGCGGAGAGGCAGAACCUGGAACGCUCCCUGCAGGCCGCUGAACUGGCCCGGGAGGCCCUGGAGCAGCAGCUGCCUGCCUUUCAGAAGGAGCGUGGCCAGCUCCAAGAUCAGCUGGCACAGUUGUCGAGGCAGUUGGGAGCUCAGCAGGAGGAACUUCAGAGAGUUCACCGAGAUGGGGAACGGCACUCGGAGGGGCUGGAGCGGGCUUUCCGGGAGAUGGAGUCACUGACCAAGGAGCGGGCCAGCCUGCUGGUGCAGCUGACCGCCUCCGAACGGGAGAACCGCUCCCUGACUGAGGAGGUGGCUGGCCUCCGCUCAGAGAAGGACACCCUCGAGACCAGCCUGUUUGAGGCCCACCGACAGCUCAGCCAGAUGGAGGCACGCAGGGAGCAGCUGGAGGCGGAUGUGCAGGGGCUGCUGCUGGCUAAGGAGACUCUGACUGGGCAACUCGUGGGUCUUCGACGGCAGAUGGAGACAGAGGUGCAGAAACUCGUGCGGGACAAGGAGCUGCUAGCCCAGCAGCUGGUCCAGGUGGAGCAGGAGGCCCAGGCCACCCUUCGAGGAGAACAGGCAGCCCAUGACGAGGAUGUAGAGCGGCUGCGUCAGGAGAAGGAGGCGGCCCGCCGAGAGCUGGAAGCGGAACGCACGGAGCUUCUGCACCGGCUGAGCCAGGAGCGGGAGGAGCUCUUGGCCCGGCUGGAAGCGGAGAAGGAGGAGCUGAGCGAGGAGAUCACGGCGCUGCAGCAGGACCGGGAUGAGAGCCUCCUGCUGGCCGAAAAUGAGAAGCAGCAGGCCCUGUCUCUGAAGGAGUCCGAGAAGACAGCGCUGUCCGAGAAGCUCUUGGGCACCCAGCAGAGCCUGGCCACCAUGUCCAUGGACUUGGAGCGGCAGAAGCGAGACGCCCUGACCCGCCAGGAACAGGACCGGAGCACUGUGAAUGCCCUGACCUCAGAGCUGCGGGACCUCCGGGCCAAGUUUGAGGAGGCCAUCAACAACCACGAGCGGGAAGUGAAGGCGCUGCAGGAGCAGGCCCGGGACCUGGGCCGACAGCGGGAGUCCUGCCUCCGAGAGGCUGAUGAGUUGAGAACCCAGCUCCGGUUAUUGGAGGAUUCCCGGGACGGGCUUCGGAGGGAGCUGCUGGAGGCCCAACGGAAGGUCCGGGAGGGCCAGGAAGGGCGGGAAGCCCAGCGCCAAGAGACCCUUGAGCUGCGCCGCAGCCUGGGGGACAGCACCAAAGAGCGAGAGGCCCUGAGACGCUCCAACGAGGAGCUGAGAGCCGCCGUCAAGAAGGCAGAGAGUGAGCGCAUCAGUUUGAAGCUCGCCAACGAGGACAAGGAGCAGAAACUGGCGCUGCUGGAAGAGGCUCGGGCGGCCUCGGGCAGGGAGGCCGGAGAGCUGAGGGCAGGGCUGCAGGAGGUCGAGCGCUCAAGGCUUGAAGCCCGGCGGGAGCUACAGGAGCUCAGGCGCCAGAUGAAGCUGCUGGACAGUGAUAACGCCAAGAAGACCCAGGAGCUGGUGGAGCUGCAGGGCCGGGUAGCUCUGAGCCAGCAGCUGGAGAAGGAGGCCCGGAGGGAGGCCUUUGGUCUCAAGCAGAAAGUUCUAAAAGGAGAGGUCGCCUUGGAUGGGACCAAGCAAGAGCUCCUUUCUGUUCAGAGGAGACUUUUGGAGGUGGAGCAGGGAUUCCAGACCCGGGAGCGAGGGCUCCUGGGCUCCCUGGAGGAGUCUCGGGGCUCAGAGAAGAAGCUUUUGGAUAAUGCUCGGAAUCUGGAGCUGAAGCUAGAGAGGACACAGGCUGAAGCUGGGGAGCUGGGACUCCGACUGAGCGCUGCUGAGGGCCGGAUGCAGGGCCUCGAGAUGGAGCUGGCCCGAGUGGAAGGGCAGCGGCGGGAGGCUGAAUUCCAGCUGAGCAGCCUGCGCUCAGCCCUGCGUCGCACCCUGGGCAUAGGAAGGGUACCCAGUCCUGCUUUCCGAGGCUACGCUAAUUCCCCGAAGAGGAUCCCUUCUCCUGCAAGAGGAAGCGGGGAAUCCCCUCCGGAGGGCUCCAGCUGCUCCAGUUCCCCUGAACGCACCCGCCACUCCUGCGCCACGUCCCCAGAGCCCAUGGCUUCGCCCCCGCCUCCCACCAUGGACCUGGAUGCUGAGACAGUGCGGGCUGCCCUCCGGCAGUUCCUGAAGGAGCUUCAGGAUGCCCAGCGGGAACGGGAUGAGCUACGAGUUCGAGUGAGCACUCUGAACCGACAGCUGGCCGACUCGGAAAGAGCGAGAGACACGGCCAACACCCACGUGGAGCAGCUGCAGAAGCUGGUGGUAGAGUGUGAGGAAGGGCGUCGUGGGGCCGAUGGGCGGCUGAGUGGGGCCCAGGCAGCGCUGGUCCUUCGGGAGGAGAGCGUCCGGCGGAGCGAGCGAGAGCGUCGGGCUGCGCUUGACCAGGUGGCCACCCUGGAGAGGAGCCUGCAGGCGGCUGAGAACGAGCGACGGGCCAGCCAGGAGAAGAUCAGUAAGAUGAAAGCCAAUGAAGCCAAGCUGGAGAGUGACAAACGGAGGCUAAAAGAGAUCCUGGAUGCCUCAGAGAGCCGAGCCACCAAACUGGAGCUGCUUCGACACUCACUGGAGGGUGAACUGCAGCGGAGCCGGCUGGGCAUGGGGGACCGGGAGUCCCAGGCCCAGGCUCUCCGAGAUCGGACAGAGAACUUAGAGAGACAGCUGGCAGACAGUGAGCUGAAGGCCGGGGCCCUGCAGCUGACUGUGGAUAGGCUGAACAUCGCCCUGGCAAAGGCGGAGGAUAGCGAGGCGGCUCUGAAGGAGAAGGUGCAGGGCCUGACGGCGUCUCUGGCAGAGAGCAGCCGCUCUGUGACCUCAGCCCAGGAUAAAAACCUGCAUCUCCAGAAGUCCCUGACAGCCUGCGAACAUGACCGCAGGGUCCUCCAGGAGCGUUUAGAUGUGGCCCGCCAGGCCACGGCGGAGGCCAAGAAGCAGAGCAGCUCCCUGGGGGAGCAGGUCCAGACCUUGCGCAGCGAGCGCACUGAGUUGGAGCUCCAAAAGGCCGACCUCGAGGGUCAGGUGCAGCAGCUACAAGAGCUGCUGGACCAGCGGCAGGAGAGUGAGACCACUGCUCUGCAGGGCCUGCAGAAGGUGAAGGAUGAGAAGCAGCAGCUUCAGGAGUGCCUGGCCAGCCUGCAGAAGUCCCUGGCCCAGCUGGAGGGGGAGAAGCGGGAGGCCGAGCGUUCGGCCCUGCGGCUCGAGAAGGAUCGGGCUGCCCUCAAGAGGACUCUGGACAAGUUGGAGUGUCCAGUUGGAGGACUGAAGCCCAGGGCAGACUGGGCCGAGGGUACAGAGCUCUUCGUAGGGGUGACCAGAGCUUCUGAGGACCCUUCCAGCUUGGAGAUGUGGAUUUCCCGGCAGGUGGAGCGCGAGAAGCUGCGCAGCCAUGAAGAUUCCAUCCGGUUGAAUCACGAGAAGGGCCUCCUGGACCGCUCACUCACUGGGGCCGAGCAGGAGCUCACAGAGGCCCAGAAGCAGAUCCACCAGCUGGAGGCCCAGCUGAUGGAGAUGGAGCAGGGCCAGUGCCUGCUGGAGACAGGGGGACAGACCCAGCUGGAGCUGCAGCAGGAGUUAGAGCGGCUGCGAGGGGCCCAGGCCCAGGCCGAGAGGACCAUGGAGGCGCGGGAGCGCGUUCACCGCCAGCGUAUUCGUGGGCUCGAGGAGCACAUCUCCACCCUGAAGGAACGGCUGCAGCAGGAACUUCGCAGAGUCCCUCAGGGCUUCUCUCCAUCUUCAUCCUCCGCCCCCUCUGGAAACUGAGCCCCCUUCCCGAGCCCCCAUCCUCGCCCCGGACCUGCUCAUUGUCUUGCUGCUAGGCCUGCUCCUGGCCCAGCCACCUCAAAGCUUUACAGGGGUUCUUGGGGGCCAUGGGACAGGGCUGGAUGGGCAAGGUGGGGAAGCGGUGCCCCACUUGGCUGUAGAGGGCAGAAUGAGGAGCAGAAUCAGAGAAGUAGACUUAGGGUUAGUCGCCUGCCCAGUGGCCUGGGUCCCCUGGAGGGAGGGAGCCCUCCCGGGAGGAACACCUGUGGCGGGGUUUGCAGCCACUCUUUCUUGAGUCUGCAUUGACCCGGAUGGCCCAAGCUCCUUCAGCCUGAGAGUGUGUGAUUCUGUGACCGUUUGCCCUCCACAGCCAGCUGCUGGCAAGGACUGGAGUCCAGCCCCUGGGUACCAAGGCCGGCUUCCCCUGCCUGCUGGUCAAGCCCAUUAAUGCCAGAGUCAGGAACAGUGAAUUCCUUUGUUUGGAUGGGGGAGGACCCCGCUGUUCAGUGUUCCCCUCCCUGCUCCCCGCCGCCCCUUUCCCCCCUCCCAUCAGAUGGCUCUUCCCAGAUUCUCUCAGUCAUCUCCAUCAGCUUCCUCUCAGAGAACAUUGAGGUCUGUGGCUCUUAUGCCUUUUAGGAAAAAACGUACCUGUGUUUCUUUGAGGGGAAAAAAACCACACACAAGAAGAAAAAGCCUGUUUUCUAUUGUUUUCUUUGGGGGGGUGGUAAUCUGCUAUCACUGACCCCCUUGGCCCUGCUUUGUGGCUUGGGGAAAAUAAGGAGGGGGUAGGGUCCCCUUCUUGGUUCCCUGGGCUCCUAUAAUGGAGCACAGCUCCUCCGUGGUCCUUGGGGGACUUAGAAAUGGGCACAUUUCUGAAUAGGAAGGGAGGUUCACGCACACUUGGCAUGGGAACAGGAAGAGAUUCCAAUUAUGGGCAAAAGUCCCAGAAGCUGGCUUCUGGCCUUGGCUUGGCCACUAACUGACUGUGGAACCUUGAAGGGCUUCCACUCUCAGAGCCUGUUUACCCAGAUGUUGUGAGACCACAAUGAGAAACAGCAAGAAAUGUGCUUGGAAGGAUGGUGUGCCAGUGUACCCAUUUUCCAGAUCUCUAUAGGAAACCCUUUGUGGACAAAGAGGAAAGAGUCUUGACUCUUAAAGCCAAAGUCCGGGCUUAACACUGCUUACUUCCAGCACCAGCUAAGUCUUUAGCUCUCAUGCACAAAGGUAGAGAAUUCUUCCCAAAGGUUCCUAUUUGUGGCUGAGUGUUCCGAGCUCGUGUUGGUGUCUGGGCACAUGUGGAUAUACUCAACUUAACUCUUGCACAAAGGUAGGGAAUCCUCCCCAAGUGUUCAUAUUUGUGCCCAACCUGUGGCCGAAUGUCCCGAGCUCGUGUUGCUCUUAUUAGCCACAAUCGAACAUGCUGUAACUUAACUCUUGCACAGAGGUAGAGAAUCCUCCUCAAAGGUUCCUAUUUGUGACUGACCAUGCUGCUCUGAUGGGCCACACCCGACUCUUGACAAUGUGAUAUCCUCUUGGUUCUCUUGCAGAAGGAAGGGUGGCUGGCCUCAUGUGUAUAAUGUAUAUGUGUAUAUUUGUGUGCGUACAUUUGUAUAUGUGUGUGUGCACGUCUGUAUCAGAUGUAUUUCUGUAGCUGUAAAUACGUGGACACAUCACUAUGUUGCCUCUGCACCUGUAUCUGUAUUGUGUGUGUCUGUAAACAUAUUUUAUGUGUA